GGUUUUCUACUUUGUUUGGUGGUAAAGCCCCAAACCCCCCCUGAACUGUUUUGUGCUUAUGUUUCAGCUUCCCUUGUUAUUCUUCUUUUGGUGAUCAUAAAACUUGAGGCCUCGGAGAACACAAUAAAUAGCAACCUCGAUGUUCUGCGCCUUCUGCAGACUUAUGGAAUGAAUAUACUCCAUGCGGGAAGGGAUUAUUAUCAAUUGAAGAAUGUCAUGAGCUGGAAGAGUGUCGAAUUGCAAAAUGUUCGUAUCUUCAAUCUGAAGUCCCUGUACGUCGGAUGUGUGCCUGGGGUGAAAGUUCUGCCAACAACAAGCAGUUUCAAAAAUGCUUGGCAAAUGCAUACUCGGUGCUUCAGCAUAACAUGGUGUGUCGGAUUCGAAAAACUUCUUGUGGAGGGUCAAUCAAGAAUCAAUACCUUUUUUAACACUAAGUUUCAUGAUGUAAAUAUAACAAUUGAUCCUCUGUUGCUGGAAACUCGCCUUAAAAUCUGCUUACCCUUUUUGGAAUCCUCGUCGAAAUCUAGCCUAAGUUCCACUUGUGACGUCACUUUCAGUGCCGAGGUUGAAGACGUCGAAUUGAGGGAGUUUGGAGGAGUUCACAUCAAAGGCGAAGGCACCUUUAACAAGAUUGUAGGCUUCUUUGUUAACAAUGGGUUGUUCACUCAACUUAUUCGAAAGGAGAUUGUAAAGAAAAUGAAGAAAAUGUUGCCAAAUAAGUUCGCUGAAUUUAGAGAAAAAGUGUGCUACAAAAUAGACCGUUUUGUCAAGCGUACUAUUGAACUCUACGCCAUCUAA